GGUGUCAGACGCGCAGAGGGGCUGGCUGGGCUGGCUGCGCAGGCUGGGCAGUCCCGUAACACGGCGCGGCCAUGGGGGGCUUGAAGGACGAGCUGCUCAAGGCCAUCUGGCACGCCUUCACCGCCCUGGACCUGGAUCACAGCGGCAAGGUCUCCAAGUCCCAGCUCAAGGUCCUUUCCCAUAACCUGUGCACGGUGCUGAAGGUUCCACAUGAUCCUGUUGCCCUUGAAGAACACUUCAGGGAUGAUGAUGAGGGUCCCGUCUCCAAUCAGGGCUACAUGCCGUAUUUAAACAAGUUCAUUUUGGAAAAGGUCCAAGACAACUUUGACAAGAUUGAAUUCAAUAGGAUGUGCUGGACCCUCUGUUUCAAAAAAAACCUCACAAAGAGUCCCCUGAUCAUUAUGGAAGAAGAUUCAUUCAAAGUGUGGGUUAUUUUCAACUUUCUAUCUGAGGACAAGUAUCCACUAAUCAUUGUGCCGGAAGAGAUUGAGUACCUGCUUAAGAAACUGACAGAAGCCAUGGGAGGAGGUUGGCAGCAAGAGCAGUUUGAACAUUAUAAAGUCAACUUUGAUGACGGUAAAGAUGGUCUUUCUGUGUGGGAGCUGAUUGAGCUUAUUGGAACUGGACAGUUUAGCAAAGGCAUGGAUCGGCAGACGGUGUCUAUGGCGAUCAAUGAAGUCUUUAAUGAGCUUAUAUUAGAUGUGUUGAAACAGGGUUAUAUGAUGAAAAAAGGCCAUAAACGGAAAAAUUGGACUGAACGCUGGUUUGUACUAAAACCCAACAUAAUUUCUUAUUAUGUGAGUGAGGAUCUGAAAGAUAAGAAAGGAGACAUUCCCUUGGAUGAAAACUGCUGUGUGGAGUCUUUGCCUGACAAAGAUGGAAAGAAAUGCCUUUUUCUCAUCAAAUGUUUUGAUAAGACCUUUGAGAUCAGUGCUUCAGAUAAGAAGAAGAAACAGGAGUGGAUUCAGGCCAUUCAUUCUACUAUCCAUCUGUUGAAGUUGGGCAGGCCCCCACCGCACAAAGAAGCCCGCCAGCGUCGGAAAGAACUCCGGAAGAAGCUGCUGGCUGAGCAGGAGGAGCUGGAGCGACAGAUGAAGGAGCUCCAGGCUGCCAACGAAAACAAGCAGCGGGAGCUGGAGACUGUGCGGAAGAAACUGGAAGAAGCAGCAUCUCGGGCAGCAGAAGAAGAAAAGAAACGCCUUCAGACUCAAGUGGAGCUGCAGGCCAGGUUCAGCACGGAGCUGGAGCGCGAGAAGCUCAUCAGACAGCAGAUGGAAGAACAGGUUGCCCAAAAGUCCUCUGAACUGGAACAGUAUUUGCAGCGAGUGCAGGAGCUGGAAGACAUGUACCUAAAGCUGCAGGAGGCUCUCGAGGAUGAGAGACAGGCCCGGCAAGAUGAAGAGACCGUGCGGAAGCUGCAGGCCAGGUUGCUGGAGGAAGAGUCUUCUAAGAGGGCCGAGCUGGAAAAGUGGCACCUGGAGCAGCAGCAGGCCAUCCAGACGACCGAAGCGGAGAAGCAGGAGCUGGAGAACCAGCGCGUCAUGAAGGAGCAGGCCCUUCAGGAAGCCAUGGCGCAGCUGGAACAGCUGGAGUUGGAGCGGGAGCAGGCGCUCGAGCAGUACGAGGGAGUUAAAAAGAAGCUGGAAAUGGCGACUAGUAAGACCAAGAGCUGGAAGGACAAAGUGGCCCAGCACGAAGGGCUGAUCCGACUCAUAGAGCCAGGUUCCAAAAACCCUCACCUGAUCACGCACUGGGGCCCGGCCGCGUUCACCCAGGCGGAGCUGGAGGAGCGGGAGAGGAGCUGGAAGGGGAAGAAGGGCACCGAGUGACCGCAGCAGUCACGCGGCGGGUUUGGUGCGGCCGGGUCACUUUGUGUGCCAGACAGAAGGGACCGGCUUCGCUGCUUCUCUCUUCCUUCUACGUCCUGUUGGUCCGUGUACUGCGGGAGCUUGUUUAUCUUCCUGCAAACAAGGGCUCGCAUGAAAAGGAGAAAGAGUCAACCCUGUCCAGCUCUACAUGGACUCUUUUUGUUUUUUGUUUUUUUGGAAAACCUCUGGACAUUCCUUUGUAGCGCUCAGAUUCUUGUCGGCCAUCGCGGGGUUGGGGGGAGCGGGUUGGUGCUCAGGACCACCGGGAGAUCGGAGCCGCGGACUGCAGUCCGGCAUGUCCUCUGCAGCGCGUGUGCUGCUCCGGGUGCGCUUCCAAACUAGGCUGGCCGGUCUGCUCGCCAGGGCCCGCCGUUCCCGCGGACCGCCCGGAGCACCGCCGACGGCCAGCCGCUGCGGUGGACCUGCCGCCACCGAGCCGCUCGGUCUGUGGUUGUGCAGAGGGUGUCUGCCUGAUGCACAGUGUCACUGACCGACAUCCGGCUUCAGUGGCACCUUUUAAACAAUGCUCCAGUCCAGAUAGAUACAGUAAGUCCUCGCUUAACAUCAUGGCCCGGUCUCCAACCCUGAGUGAAAUGACGAACAGCAAAACCAGUUCUACCGCAGGCCAGUUCGGAAAAACCAGCCAAGUUUCUGCGGCAUCUCAUCAACAUUGUAACAGAACAAUGUUGAACAAAAUGAUGUUAUUCAAGGACCUGCUGUAUUUAUGAAUCAGAGCACAUAGGCAAACUAUGUAAAUUCUGUUUGGAAUGACAUUCUGAUACUAACUGAAUUCCUCCCGAGAUUUAUCAGCUGUCGGAUUGCUGACGGAACCCAUGUUUCACUUUGUAGUUACUGUACAGAAUACGUCAGGAGUCUGAAUGCUCGUCAUGAUCAGGCCUUCUACUUGAUAACCAGGAAUAUGAUCAUUUAUGGGAACUAUGUAUGAAAAAAAUUUUUAAAUGUAUUUUUUGUCAUGUGCGGUGUUGAGAAGGAACAAAAUAUUUAUAAUUUCAAACAUUCUUACCUAAAUGUACAAUUUAAUA